AUGGCUGUGGGGUUCCGUCGGACGCUCACGAUGCUGGCGUCGUCCAAGUCGGUGGCGCCGUCGUUCCUUCUCGACUGCGCGCGGCCGAAGAAGCUGUCGUACGCGCGGGUGCGGUCCACCAGCCUCCCCGUGCGCCUUCACCCUCUCGCGGCGGCGCUGCACGACUCGGCGCGCGCGCUGCUGGCGUGGGCCGACGCGCCCGCGCAGACGGGGCCCGCGUGGGUCGCCGACGGCGCCGGGCGCGCGGGCCGCGUCCUGUCGGGGCUCGCGGACCUGCUGGACCACCCGCAGGCCCGCGACGCGCUGCGGCGGCACCCCUGGACGGAGCAGCUGCUGGACGACCUCCUCCUCCUGGCCGACCUCCACGGGUGCUUCCGCGAGUCGCUCGUGGCGCUCAAGCAGCUCCUCGCCGAGACGCACGCGGCGCUGCGCCGGCGCGACUACGGCGUCCGCCUCGCCGCCGCGCUGCGCGCGCAGCGGCGGUCGGCGCGGGAGGUGUCCCGCCUGGCGUCCUCCGCGCGGGACCUCUCCCACCGCGCGGCGCCCGACGACGAUUCCGACGAGGCCACGCUGGCAGACGCCUUUGCCGCCGCCACGGGCGCCGUGUCCGCCGCGUCGUCGGCUGUCUUCGCCGGCGUGUCGGCCGCCUCCGCCGAGUCGGCGGCCAGCGCCGCGCCGUCCCCGAGGACCCCGACGCCAUACUCCCCCGCGCGCACCCCGGGCAGCCCGAUGUGGCUGGUCACCGACCUGCUCCGGCGGCGGCGGACCGUGUCGUUCGAGGACUCGUGCAACGAGGAGGAGGAGGAGCGGAAGGCGGCCAUGGGCAGGGUGCGCGGGCUCGAGGAGUGCGUCGACGCCGCCGAGUCUGGCUGCGAGGAGGUGUACCGCGCGCUCGUCAACGCCAGAGUCUCCUUGCUCAACCUUCUCACGCCCACAUUCUGA